UUUGUAAAGCUCAUGGAGCUACAGAGAGACUUGUAUGGAAUUGAUAAUUUAACUGCUGGUAAACGGGAAUUUUUAAGAGAAGGUUGCCUUCAGAAGCUAUCUAGGAAAGGGUACCAGAACAGAAUGUUUUUUUUGUUUUCUGAUGUUCUGCUGUAUACAACCAGGGCACCUACUGCUCAACUGCAAUUCAAAGUUCAUGGACAGCUUCCUUUGUCUGGUGUUAUGGUUGAAGAAACUGAACCCAAAAUGGGUGUAACAAAUUGCUUUACUAUCUAUGGUGGUAACAGAGCUCUAAUGGUUGCUGCCAGCUGUGAUGAGGAAAGGAAGAAAUGGCUAAAAGACUUAACAGACACAAUCCAAAAUGCAAGGGAACCAAAAGAGGAUAGUUACUUGUAUUCUAGUCUUCGCUCAUGUAGUUCAUCUGAUGAACUGCUGGAGCAGGCUGAUAGCCUUCGGAGCUCUGACAUAGUCACAGCUGGUAGUGGAUCAGCAAAGCCUUAUCAACAUCGGUCAAAUACCACUGUGCAUGUUUGUUGGCAUCGCAAUACUAGUGUUGGUAAAGAAGAUUACAGAAAAGCCUUACUGAAUUAUCUCAGUGGUUAUCUUCUGAGAAAGUUCAAAAAUAGCAGUGGAUGGCAAAAGCUUUGGGUAGUCUUUACAAAUUUUUGCCUUUUCUUCUACAAAUCGUAUCAAGAUGACUUUCCCUUAGCUAGCCUUCCAUUACUUGGCUAUGCAGUUACCUUGCCAAAUCCUCAUGAUAAUAUAAACAAAGAUUAUGUGUUCAAGUUACAGUUCAAAAAUCAUGUAUACUUUUUUAGAGCUGAAAGUGAAUAUACUUUUGAAAGGUGGGUUGAUGUCAUAAAAGGUGCAACAAUAAGGAGUUAGAAAGGAGAAGAUUUUGUUAAACCUAAAGAAUUCCAUCAUCCACAAUGAGUUUGUAAUAGUCAAUACCUGUUUUGAUUCUCAGAGUUGUUACCUGUAAUUUUUUUUUCCUUUUUUGUAAAUUAAAUUAUUUUCAGUUAUGUAAUUUUAAUUCUACUAUAUUUAUGGAAGUAUGUACUCAAUUUUUUUUAUAUCAUUUACUUUGCUAUGGUAAUCUAUGUAUGAAAUAUAUCUUCUUACCAUGUAAAAGGAAAUUAAGAUAUUCCUCUUUUGCUUGAAAAUGCAUGGUGUUGUUAAAUGUAGUAGAUGGGCCACAUUUGUACUGUUUAAUGUGGCAUUUAAUUUUUUGUUCCUUUUAAUUAAAUUUCACAGCUAAAAAUCUCUGUUUCAACAGUAAGGUGGUAUUAUUCUAAUAUUACGUUUUUUUUAUGGAGAUAUUGAUUUGUUACUUUAUUCUUUUAACCCACAAAUUAAAUGCAACUUCAAAGCUGCUUGUUUAUUUUUCUGAAUAAAUGCUGUUUGAAAAUGUAUGUGAGUGUUUAGCAAAAUUUUAAGAGAAAAUUUAAUCCAUUUGUUUUAAAGAAUUUAAUAUAAGCAUAUAUUUGGAAAUAAUGUAUAUUGCAAUUCGUAAAUGCAACAUAUUUUAGAAACUAAAAUUAUGCAUUAUUAACACAUAUCUUGUAAUUUUACUUAAAUCUAAAUAUUCAUUUUAUUUGAGAAUGCUAACUUUACUUAAACCUGGCGUGGAAAGAGAUAUUUUAUGAAUCAUAUUAUAAUAAUGCUUCAAGUAAAAAAUGAAAAACUGUAGGUUUUUCAACAAAUCAGUGGAAGGACAAUCAGUGCAUCAAAAAUCAUAAAUAGGGAUGGGAAUAUUCAUAGCUGAAUAAAAAUUAUGAUAUUUAAUAUAUUAAUGCAUUUUAAGUCAUGGGUGCAUGGUAGUUUCCCUCUCUUAUUUUAAACAUCGUAUUCUUUUAUCGAGCUUUUCAGCUUUGAAAAAACAGUAUUUUCUUUUGUUCUUUGAUCUGAUAUGUUGUUGACCAUCAAAUAUUUCCUAUAUUUUAAGAAUGUAUAUUUCUAUAUGUGUAUGAAAAGUUCAAACUACAUUUUAACUGCUGUGUUAAGUGAAUUUAUUAUACUGUGGUUUCCUUUCCUGUGUACUAAAUUAAAAAUAUCAAUUUAGCAGUAACCUACCUGCCUUAUAAGAUUUGUUGUGAAAAAAAGUACCUGCAUUUUUAGAGUUUCGGAAUUGAAAUAUUUAUGCAAGAAUUUCGUGAUGUGAAAACUGUAAAGCUUUAUUGAAAAUUGCUUUUAGAAACUAUUUACUGUUACAGGAAUAAAAUUGCUGUUAUGUCAAUAUAUGAAUAACUAAAAUAUUUAGGAUGUGAUAUGGAUGUGCUAUGCCGCUGAUGUAGCUUUGGGAGCCUGAAUUGUUAGUAAAUAUUUGUAAGAGAAAUGCUUUUGCUAACUAUUUGGGGGUAUUCUAAGAUUUAUGGUGAGUAUAGUGUAAGAAAUAGUGAUUGAGUAAUUCAGUUUUCUGAGAAAAGAGGAAAAUCCUUUAUUUUCAAGCUGGAAAACUUAUUACAUUCAUGUGAAGACAUCAGUUUUUCAAAUUUUCUGAUGUAUAAUUUUUAUGUCUAUCUUUGAAUUGGUUUUCAGUUUUAAUGUUUAAAAACUUCAUUUUUAACAUUUUUUGUUUUAAAAAGUAAUUUUUUAAUGUAAUAUUUUUAUACAUUUGUAAUUGUGGAUUUUGCUUAAAAUGUGUUACAUUUAUUAUAUCAAACUUUUUUAUUUUAUAAACCUUUAUUUUCUUGAAUCAGGAAUCUCAUUUUGAAUCUCUACAUUUUCAUGACUGCUCAGUUUCUCUGAAUGCGUUUUCAUAAACAUAUCAGAAUGUGUGGUGUUAAGAGUUUGAUCAAAUCAUGUUAUGUGUUCAUCCAUAUAAUUUUCUUUACAUGUUGUACAAAAUCAAAAUGGAACUUCCUAUCAUCUCAGAAUUGGAUAUUAAAAUAUGACAUGGCUUAUUAUGACAUGUAAAGAACCAUGUCUUUGGUAGUAGAUGACCUCAAAACAGUGCGUCAAAGAAGUGAUGUGAAAUCACUGUUUUUCUAUGCAGUUUUAAAUCUUAUCUUUGGAAUACUGGUUUUUAAAUUAUUUUGAAAUACUCGCACUGUCAUUCCUUGUAAGUCUGUUUAAAUCAUACUGCAUCAGUAAAGAAUAUCUGUGAAUUUUUCAUUUAUAAAUUACAACCUGCUGUUUUUAUUUGUCAAAAUUAAAAUUCUUUGUGUUUGAAGAAAUUUUUAUUCAUAUGUACAGUUUUUGUAUCAUCAUGUGUGAUGUGUAAUAUAUGGAAUCCAUUUCUGAAAAAUUAACAUUUGUAUAGAGUCCAGAGAUUUAGGCAUAAGGAAUUAAAGAAAAUACCGCAAAUAUUUCUGCAUAAAAAUUAAAUGCAUUUGACUAAGAAAUUUCAGAAAUCAGUAUACUCAUUCAAGUACUAUACUUUUGCAUUAGAGUAGAAUACUUAUGAUUUUAAACAUAAUAUUCUCUUAUUUGCCGAAGUUUAAAAUAUGUAGCUUAUAGGAAUUAGCAAUAUUUAUGCUUUUCAUCAAUAUCAUGUUUCUACAUCUUUCGUAAAAUUAAUGAAAUCACUUAUAUUUAACUUGAUAAUAAUAUUGCUUUUGAAUAGAAUCAACCCAAAGUAUGUAUGCAAAUUUCUCAGUUUUAAAAGUUUUUGAAAAUACAUGCUAUAGCAACAUUUUAAUUUUUAAUUUCAAAAAUUUAUCAAACUGCAGGGUAUUUAACAACCUUCCUUAUUUUUGUUAUUUAUAACAUUCUAUUAAAACAAAACAGAAUUAAUCUGUUUUUCACUAAAUGUGAAGAUAAAUAUUUUUAUUCAUUGGCAAACAGGCUAAAAAUUGUUCAUUUCUUGAAAAAUGUUUUGCUAUGUGCCAAAAAUAAUAAUUUCUCUAAAUUAAAAAAUUUUAUUGUUCUAGUUUAAAAUAUUGAUAAGAAUUAACCCUAUUGAUCUCUCAUUCAUUAAAGUGCUGAAAUGAAUAAAACAACUGUGUCCAUUGUAGUAUUUUAGGGAAAAGGGAGAUUAUUUUAUGCAGUAUCCCUUGGGUUAAAUAACUGUUUAUCGUUUAUCGAUCUGUAAAUAAAAUAGAUAGCUAUUCCUUGCACACAAGGGAAGAGUCUAUGUAAAGUUUUUUUCAUUUGUAUUUUCAAAUUUAAAAUAAAGCAUUCUAUGCUAAUAUGAUCAUAUUGAUGAUAACGUUAAAUAUAUUUCAUCAUUUCAAAACUUGUUAUAUGUGUGAUGUACUUUCAUUUUGUUCAGAACAGUCAAGUAUUGUAAUUGAGAUCUGCAUGACAAUAUUUUAAAUGCAUAUUAAUGCAACAAAGGGUUGGCAUUAUAUUUUCUAAGUUCUAAUAUGACUGUGUAAUAAAAAACUGAAGUGUGGCCUUAAUAAAAACCCCAUUUCUUUUUAAAAGUAAGUGUAGUUUAAAACUAAAAGUUUUUUUGGGGGGAGGGGCGUUCAUUAAAUUGCAGGCAGAAUAUCCUCUUUGAGAUAUUUUAAUGUAUUUGUUGUUAUAUUAUAUUGCUUUUUGAAUGUGUUUGAAUUAAGCUUGUAGUGCGUUAUGAAUGAAUAAAGGUAGGCAGCUGUAUUUUUUGCUUAUAUGCAGAAAUUGUCCCAUGCUCAGUUUUUUUUUUCUGUGUAUUAGAAAAGAGGUACACGUAAUUGAAAUAAUGUUAAGCAUUCUUAUAUGCAAUGUUAGGAAAUGAUUUUUUAAAAUUAGCUUUUGACUCUAUUAACAGGAUAUCAAAUAUUUUUGCCUUAAAUUCUGGACUCUAUUCGCAGGUGUAAUUUCAUUUCCUAAUACUCUUUUCCUAGCUGGCACUGAAAUUGGCUGAUCUCCUACUCGUUUAUGUUGGUUAAAAUAGAAUUUGUUUCUGUAAACACAUUUAUUUGAGUACAUCAAAUUUUCUGUGCAGCUAUAUCAAAGUGAGCAAGACAUUUCAACAUAUGCAUAUUUAAUGAGCUUUGAUUUCAAAGACGCUGAAUUGAAUGAAUAAUUAAUUAAGCUUUUUUUAAGUAUUUUGAAAUAUAGCUUAGAUUAACUGAUACAUUUUUUUUAAUAUAUAAAGAUAUGGAUUUGUGUAUUAUACCUGCUCUUGCUGAUCCAUUUGCUGUAGCAAAACUCAUUUCUUUUUUUAAUCAUGUUUGUCAGAUUUAAGAGCUCUUUGUUACUAUUCUGUAAUAUGUGUUUGGGAAGCAUAUGAAUGCAUGUUUCUCAUUGAUAAGCUGAUUUAACAAUUAUAUAAAAAUCUUGUAGAGUUCAUGUUUGUCCUCUGAAGUUGUUUGCAUUUAUACAAUGACAAAUGGUGCUUAUACAUUAAUUGUUGAGAAAUUGGAUUUGAAAUUGUAUUUUCAUUACUAUGCUGCUUUCUUUAUAUGCCUUCAACUUUUUGGAUGAAGCAGCUAUUGUUGAUUAGAUUUUGUGUGUAAUAAAUUAUACCAUGCUA